AUGCGCUUGACAAAGCUGUGGCAGAGUCGCUCGCCCGGCGACCGCCACCUGAGCACAUAUUUUUGCUUUGCGGCAGUGCGUCUGCUGCUCGUUUUUGUGCCCCAACUGGGUUAUGUGCAUCCGGAUGAGUUUUUCCAGAGCGUGGAGGUGAUGACAGGAGACCACUUUAGGCUGGAGCACACGCGCACCUGGGAGUUCAACAAUUCGCUGCCCGUGAGGUCAAUAGUUCUUCCAUUUGCUCUGCUCCGGAUUCCCUGGAGUUUCUACGAGUUUAUUGCGGAGUGUGUGAAGGCGGGCUGGAAAUUGGAUCUGCUGGGCAGCUACACCUAUGUGGUGUUUCCACGGCUGAUUUACACUUUAAUUUCCUUCACCAACGACUAUUGUUUGUACCGCAUCUGCCGGCUUUAUGGAUUGCGCUUCGAAAUCCGCUUGUUGGCCAUGGGAAGCUCUUGGAUUCUGCUCGUCUUUGGCACCCGCACCUUCUCCAACAGCCUGGAAAUGGCCAUGUGCUCCUGGCUGCUCUGCCUGGUCUCCGAAUGCAUGCUGCGCACGAACACGGUGGUGUAUAAAAAGGAGUUUCUGGAGGAGAAGUACGACAAGGCGGAGUCCAUAAGCGAAAGAGUGCGCAUUUGGAAGCUAAAGAACUCUCUGCCGGCUCACAAUUUGCAGCAUUUGCUCUACAUGUCCACCAUCUGCGUGGCUGGGGUGUUUAAUAGACCCACCUUCCUGCUGUUUGGAGCACCCAUGGUCUUCUUUUGGCUGCUGCGCGGGAUGGGAACCAGGAGCGUUACCUUCAGGGACUUUAAUCUUCGCAUUGCGCUCUUCUGUUUGUGCGCCCUGCCUGCGCUGAUCUUCUUCAUCUUCUGCGACUCGCUGUACUAUCAACAUCUGACCCUUGGCGAGCUGCACAUGAUGCACUUGAGCAUCGACAACUUUGUCUUCACGCCCUGGAACUUCAUCAAGGCCAAUUUGGAUUCGGCUCAGACGGCGAGUCAUGGAGUUCACCCUUGUUAUGUCCAUUUGAUGGUCAACAUGCCGAUGCUUUUUAAUGUCCUGGCUCUCGCCGCCUUGGGAGCCUUUGCCCAAUUGCUGCUGAGAUUCUUUCGAGCGGAAUAUCAAGUGCUGCCGCGUUUCCAGAGCAUCGUUUCUUUGAUGUCGGGUGCCAUCUUUGUGCCCCUGUUCUUUCUCUCGCUGAUCAACCACCAGGAACCGCGCUUUCUGCUGCCCGUGACCUUUCCACUGCUACUGCUGCAUGCUCCCAAACUCAUCACGGGAUUCAGCGCCAAGUAUCCGUUUCAGAAGGAUCACCCACUGUUGCGCUAUUUCUACGACAGACUGCUUUCGAGCAAAGCUUCGGGACCUUACCUGCUGCGGAUUUGGUACGUGAGCAAUGUGCUGCUUACGCUGUUCUUUGGCUUCAUCCACCAGGCGGGCGUUUAUCCUUUGGCGGCGGAUAUAUCCCAUGUGAUGGCCACCAAACCGGCGGCCACGCAUGUUCACCUGAUCACAUCGCACAUCUACAGUUUGCCCCUGCAUCUGAUCAACAUUCCCAGCUCGAGAGUGCUGCAUUUCAAUAGACAGACGCAUCAGCGAUAUCGCCGCCCCAGGGAUUUUUAUUUGUACGAGUAUGGAGGGCUUUCGUUGGACUCCCUGCUGCAGAAGGUGAAGCUGAUAAGUGGAAACUGCGAGGUGAAGCGCUCGGGAGCGAGUCACUUGCGAUACAAACUAUAUUUGGCCAUUCCGGCCUCGUUGAGUGCGGAUCUUCACGAGGCCCUGGUUCACUCGAAUGCCAGCAGCUACCUGAACUUCGAGCUGCUCAAUGUCUUCUAUCCGCAUCUCUCCACGGAGGCGUUUCCCCGUCUUCUGGGCCGGCAUCCCUGCGAUGUGGACGCUCCGCAUUGGGCACAUGACGAUCUAAGGGGAACCUGUGCCGUGGAACAGCCGCCGGCGCUAAGUUUUGCUUACCUUAAUAAGCAAUUUAGUUCUUUUGUCCAUCAACUGGGACUGGCGCUCUACGAGAUCGAUGUGAAGCGUAAAAAGCCGCGUUCUGUUUUACUUAAGAAAACUUUAUUAACAGAAACUCCGGCGUAGGAAUUUUUCUUUGGCCAUUCCAAGUGCCUUAAGCUUAAACCAAAGAUUAACUAUUUAUUGUAACUCAAGUCUUGUAAAGCACAACUUCCGUGAACUUCUGUAAACAUUCCUAAUUACCGCACAAACCAACUUAACUUUAUAAAUACGCCUAGUCAUUAC